CUAAGCCUUCUUCUUCGAUUCUUCUUCUUCGACUUGUCCGGCGUCACUCUUCCUCUCCGGUCUGCAGUUCUCCUUCUCCAGUCUCUAAACUCUAAUCCAUUGCUUCUCCAAAUUCCAAACAAAUUGGCAAAGAAGAAACCCAAAAGAACGAUUCUUUAGCUCUUCCGUCCAGAUUCGGAAACAGAGUUCUUCUGUUCUUCAUCAGAUCUUCAUCUUGUAGCCAUCGCCAAGGUCUUUCUCUCUCUCCAUCGGUCGAUCCUCGUACUGCUUCUGUUCUUCAUCAGAUUUUCAUCUUGUUGCGAAGGUCAUUCUCUCUCUCGAUCCUCUUCGACCCGACAAUCUGUUGAUCUUCUCCAGUUCUCUUCAAGUAAUACAGGAAUCACUUUCAGCUUGUUGCCUUGCUCUGCAUUUCGUUGCUUUAGUUUAGUAUAUUCCUCAUCUUUUUAUUGCUUAUUUUGGAGAGCAACAAUUUGUUGGGUUUUGCUUGAAUUUUUUUAGCUUGCUGCUUUGCUCUGCAUUUCGUUGCUUUAGUUUAGUAUAUUCCUCAUCUUUUUAUUGCUUAUUUUGGAAAGCAACAAUUUGUUGGGUUUUGCUUGAAUUUUGUUUUGAGCAACAAUUUGUUGUAUUUUGCUCUGCAUUUCUGCAUUUUGAUAUUUAUUUAUAGAGCAUAUUUCUGUUUGAAUCUAUUCUAGCAUGACAAAAAGCUGCUUGGUUUCCUAGAAAAUGAGCAAUGCCCCGAUUUUAUUACAUAGGAAUAGAAUUUUUUAGAGAUUAUAUCCUCAAAUCGAGCAGAAUAGGCAAAGGGCUACAGAUGAAAUUAAUGUUAAUUAACUGAAAUUUGAAAGUAAACAUUUGAAACUGAAUUAAGUUUAUUUUAGUUUUUUAACCAUCAGUUUUGGUUUUGUUAUUUGUGAGAAUUACCAAGAUUCUUGAUAGUUGAAAUGGAUCUAAAUACUUAUUUAGCAAUUUUUCUAGCCUUAUCUAUUUUGUAUUGGGCUACUUUAAUGAUUUUAUUUUAUUUUGUUGUAGAAUUACAAAAAUAUGUAUCAUCUGUACAAAAUUCAAUUGCUACAUCUUUCCAACCUUUAAGAACUAAAACAGAUGCAGCAUGGGAGCAUCUUCCCAACCUUCAAUAAUUGUAAUUUAUGCAU